CAACAACUGCUUACAACACGGUUAUGACGAGCUUUUAAUUCACAUUAACAGACUCACAGCUUCACUCGAAUACUGCAGUGCAUUCUGUCUUAUUGAUAUUUCCCGAAGUGUUUACAGCACUGCCAGUGCACUUAAGCUUGUGUGUAUUGACGGAAGACUCAGAACUGAGAGAUUUAAUGAUGACGACAUCAUGGAGCGAUCGACUUCAGGACUAUGCAGAUCUCCCAGCAAACAUGGAUGGACUGGCGAUGAAGAAAUACAGGAGAGAGGCCUAUCAUAGAGUGUUUGUGAACAGAAGUCUGGCCAUGGAAAAGAUUAAAUGCUUCGGCUUUGACAUGGACUACACUUUAGCAGUAUACAAAUCACCUGAAUAUGAAUCUUUGGGCUUUGAUCUGACUGUGGAGCGGCUGGUCUCCAUUGGCUACCCGCAGGAACUGCUCGGUUUUGUUUACGACCCCACUUUCCCUACAAGAGGUCUGGUGUUUGACACCAUGUAUGGCAACCUCCUGAAGGUAGAUGCUUAUGGAAACAUCCUGGUGUGUGCCCAUGGCUUUAUCUUCCUGCGAGGCCCUGACACCCGAGAGCUCUAUCCCAACAAGUUUAUCCAGCGUGAUGACACAGAACGCUUCUACAUCCUCAACACACUCUUUAACCUUCCAGAAACAUACCUUUUAGCCUGCCUGGUUGACUUCUUCUCAAACUGUGACCGAUAUUCAAGCUGUGAAACGGGCUUUAAGGAUGGAGACCUCUUCAUGUCCUUCAAGAGCAUGUUCCAAGAUGUUCGAGACGCUGUAGACUGGGUACAUUUUAAGGGAACAUUGAAGGAGAAAACAGUAGAAAACCUGGAGAAGUAUGUUGUGAAAGAUGCCAAGUUGCCAUUGCUGCUGAGCCGCAUGAAUGAAGUCGCAAAAGUUUUCUUAGCCACCAACAGUGACUACAAAUACACAGAUAAAAUUAUGACAUACUUGUUUGACUUCCCCCAUGGUCCAAAGCAUGGCACUCCACACCGUCCGUGGCAGUCAUACUUCGACCUUAUCCUAGUGGAUGCUCGAAAGCCUUUAUUUUUUGGAGAGGGAACUGUUCUAAGACAGGUGGAUACGACUACAGGGCGGCUGAAAAUAGGAACAUACACUGGACCUUUACAACAUGGCAUUGUUUACUCUGGAGGUUCUUCUGAUAUUAUGUGUGACCUGCUCGGAGCAAAAGGGAAGGAUAUUUUGUACAUUGGAGAUCAUAUUUUUGGAGAUAUUCUUAAGUCCAAGAAGCGACAGGGUUGGCGGACGUUCCUGGUGAUUCCUGAAUUGGCUCAGGAGCUGCAUGUGUGGACAGACAAAAGCUCUCUGUUCGAGGAACUGCAGGGCUUGGACAUUUUCUUGGCAGAACUAUACAAGCAUUUGGACAGCAGCAGCAAUGAGAGGCCAGAUAUCAGUGCCAUCCAGAGAAGAAUGAAGAAAGUGACUCAUGACAUGGACAUGUGCUAUGGGAUGAUGGGAAGUCUGUUCCGCAGUGGCUCUCGGCAGACUCUGUUUGCGUCUCAGGUGAUGCGUUACGCUGACCUGUAUGCUGCCUCGUUCAUCAACCUGCUGUACUACCCCUUCAGCUACCUGUUCAGAGCCGCUCACGUGCUGAUGCCUCACGAGUCCACAGUGGAGCACACUCAUGUAGACAUAGAGACUGAGUCUCCUCUGGCCACACGCAACCGUCACUGUGUGGACUGCAAGGACAUCGACUGCAAAAGAAACCAGCUCACACGCUCCAUCAGCGAAAUCAAACCGCCCCACCUGUUCGCUCACCCGCCGCAAGAAAUCACACACUGCCACGACGAAGAUGAUGACGAAGAGGAGGAAGAAUAAAUGUUUUUGACCUAUUCUAGGGUAAAGAUCUGUAGGAUGAUGAUGAUAGAGUGAUGAGGAUAUCGUGUGAGGUAGAAAAGGAAGAGUGAUUGUAUGAAGUAGACUAUAAUUGCCAAACCAAGCUCAAAAAGCUGAUGUUCACAGUACCAGACUUCAGUUCACCCUAACUGACAGUUUCCUCCGUUAAAGAGAACUAAUACAUAAGUUUGUUUAAAAAAACUUUGCGAUCUGGAAUUGUUUAUCAGUCACUAUGAAAGCACAUAAUGUCAUGUGAUAAACAUCCAGUGGAAACACAGUGGAAGGGAUACGCACUCUACUGUGAACUGAUGGUAAAACUUAUGAGUUUGCAUGCAUCAUACAGCCAGCAUGCUGGGAAAGACUCCGAAAAAUCAAAGCCAGUUAGGACGAGUGUUAAAGUCUGUGAUUGAAUCCUUACAGAUGCACAUCUUAUUUUUAGGUGUGUUAUAGUCAUUUUUUACUAUUGUUUAUAGUUUUUAACAGUUUAGACAUAACUUUCGAAUAGCCAGUCCAUCCAGCUUGGUUACUACCUCCUGCAAAAACUGUAUCCAAUAACUGUUCCUUUAAAAAAAAAAAAAAAAACCUCUCUCUGUGUGUGUUAAAGCUGUGUGUGUUGGCAGGGUGUUUGUGUUGAAGUCCUGCGUGUGUUGAGAAUCUGAAUGAAGCACAGAAAACCGAAGCACGGUUCAUUGUGACGUGCAUAAGGAAGUGCAGCCAACACAAGAAUCCAGUUACUUGGCAACAGCAUGCAGCUGCUUUUUUUUAGAGGUUUGUUGUUAACAUCUUGGUUUUCAUCUUUUUUUUUAAUGCAGAGAUUUUGGCUAGCACUAAUGCUACAGAGUAGCAAACAGAUGCCUCAUAUAUCAUGGCGCAAAAUGAGUCCGAACACACACAGACACACUGCUCUAAUUUUGGAAGCGAUGUCACAUUGAACAAUGACAUACUGUAUUUUUAUACUCUUAUAUAAGCUAAACAGAACGGUCUAGUUUUGUGUCAAACAUUACGUGCCAUUAAUAUCUGCCUCACAUAAGACAGAUGCAAACUAUUCAAAUAUACGUACAGUAAGUGACCUUGUUAUGCAAAAAAAUAUUUAUAAAACUGUGUUUUAUGACCUGCGCAGCUUGUUAUUACACAUCAGUAAAAGUAAAGUCAUUGAGAGAAAAAGUACAAAAAAGUAAACCGCUGGACAUUGUGAAGCUGAUAGGUUGAGAAUGUGCUGUUGCUUUGGUGACUGUUUCUAUGGAAAUGAAUGUAGUCCUGGAUAAUGUUUUGAACUCUGUUGAUGGUUUACUGUCAUGUGGACCAAAACGGUAUAGAGAAAUUGUGUUUGAUUUAGCUUCAAGGGUCCCAUUAGACACUUUUAGGUGUCCCCACAGCAAGUAUGUGGAGUUUUUAAAGAAAUAAACGUUGUUCUUGAGUAUAAUGGUGGUUCACGGUUUAGAGAGGAAGCGGUUUUAGCUGUGGGAAGAGUUCCAAGUGCAUGAAACGGGUAGAUUAGGAUGGUUAGUGUGACUUUUAUAUGCAUUAAUCAGAGAUAGUAUGUAGGAUCUGAUUGAAUGAAGCUACCCAAUCUAUAGUGUAACAUGUAUCACUCGUAUGCAUAUAAAUGUAUUAUUUUUAUUUUAUGAGAAUGUCAUUUUUUAUUUUUUUUUGGUAAUCGUUUUUUUUUUUUAAGGGAAGACCAAGUUUGUUUAAAGUCUAAAGGUUUUUGGUGAGGCCCAAAAAGGGUUUUCAAAAGUCUGUUUCCAAGGAAGCAGUAAAAGAGACAUUUUUAAAUGUACAAUGCAUAUUUUAUGUGUCAGUUUUGGUUUAUAGUUUAAAAACAACUGGACAUCCUAAAACGGGGCAGCUCUUUCAAAAUAUACUUGUCCUUGUACACAGUAUAGAGAAAGUGUUUUUUUUUUUUAGGUCCUGAUUAAAAAAAAA